AUGAGCCCAGCACCCGCUUCGCCCAUCGGGCGUGGCCCCGUCCGAAGGGGCACGGCAAACACCCAAGGCUCGGGCCCAUUAAACCCUGCCGCUGGUACAUCGACCGCCGGCGCACGCAGGCCGUCUCUGAUGAACGGCAAGCGUGAUACAGACACCGACGAGGGCAUUGUCAUGCGUGAAAAGGACCGCGACGACGUCGUCGUCCAGGGCAAGGCUGGUGGACGUGAGGUCGGCGUCACUCGCCCCAAGCGCAGGUUGUCCAGCGGUCACGAGACGGGGUAUGGCGGUGGCAACGGCAGGUGUUAUGGAGAGGAGCUGGAAGCGCAGCGAAAGCCCCUUCCCUCUCUGCCUCAUCCUUCGAUCAUCGCUGGCGAAUGUCCUCCCUCCAGAGCUCUCUCGGCCACCUCAUCGCCACCCGUGUCGCCUUCGUCAGCAGGUCAGCCCAACUUUGCCUAUGAACAUCUGGCCACACAGGCGCGCAGCAUCAACUCGUCGACAGCGACCCCUUCGUUUCCUGCCAUUGCACAGGCAACCCAUUCGCCCGUCUCGUAUCUGAGGGAAGCUCGACUGGAGGAGAAGCCCCUCCCGCCAUAUGUGCCAGUAACGCAGUCCAAGGCCUCCGACUCGCCUCGGUUGUUCGGCAUCGAGUUGAAAUGGAUCUCACUUGUGACGCUCGCAUUGCAGAAUGCUUUCCUCACUAUCAUUAUGCACUACUCACGGAUAACGACGGCACCGAACAAGACAUAUUCGGCGGCGGCCGCGGUCCUCCUCAAUGAGCUGCUCAAGGGCAGUAUCUCGACUGUUGUGGCCCUCAAGCGUAUCGACGACAACAUGACAUCCCAGGGCUCGGCAUGGCACGAGAAGGAGUUGAAGCGCGACAACCGCAACGCACCAGCAAAGUCACCCUUCACUGUGUUCCACCCCACUCGUCUGCAGGCCCUUGCACGCGGCGUCUUCUCCGGCGACUGUUACAAGCUCGCGGUGCCCGCCAUCCUGUAUGUUGUCCAGAACAACCUGCAAUACGUCGCUGCUUCCAACCUCGACGUCGCCACGUUCCAGGUCACCUACCAGAUGAAGAUUCUCACUACGGCCUUUUUCUCGGUCCUCAUGCUCGGCAAGCGUCUCAGCCGCGCAAAGUGGGCUGCCCUCUUCAUGCUCGCCCUCGGUGUCGGUAUCGUCCAGCUCCAGACUACUGGUGCCGGCCACGCCGCCGCCCCUGUUCCUGUGCCGUCGCCCACGAUCGCCAACAACGUUGACGGCGGGCAUGAGCAUGCCUUGCGUGCUGAAAUCCCUGCGGCCGCCGAGGACGCGAUCCUUGCCCCCAUGCGCGUCAUGAACCCCUUCAAGGGUUUCCUCGCGGUCACCCUCGCGUGCCUCACCUCUGGGCUUGCUGGUGUCUACUUUGAGCUCAUCCUCAAGUCUGGUGGUGGCGGCGGUGGUGCAGCUCCAGACCUUUGGGUUCGCAACACCCAGCUCUCGCUGUUUUCACUCAUCCCUGCCGUCAUCCCCAUUCUCUUUGCCGAGGUUCCUGCGGGCAUGAGUUGGGCUUCCAGCGUGGCCUCAAAGUUUGCCCACUUCAACGGCUGGGCGAUCGGUACCGUCCUCACCCAGACGUUUGGCGGUCUGAUCACGGCCAUUGUCAUCCGGUACAGCGACAACAUUAUGAAGGGCUUUGCGACUUCGCUCUCCAUUAUCAUCUCAUUCCUGGCCUCGGUCGCCCUGUUCAACUACCACGUCACGCUCGCGUUCGUCGUUGGCGCAGGCAUCGUUCUCAGCGCGACGUAUCUGUACAACAGCCCCAACGUGCCCGAUGCCCCUCCUACCCGUACCGCCAUCGCCGUGGCUCCCGGAAGCCCCAUCCCGACAUCCGCCCCGAUCCUCGGCGAGCCCCAGGCCCCGUCGCGCACCUCGAGCGUUAUCAACCUCCUGGGCCUCGGCUCGCGUCCAAACUCGCGCCGUCCCUCGGCCACCGACCUGCACCUCGCCGCUCAGUUCCCCCUCUCGGCCCCCGCAGCACUCUCCCGCUCGGGCAGCUACAAUGGAGGGCCAGGUGGCUUCACGCACUCGUCGCACAACAGCAACACCGAGCUCAACCAGUUUGGCCGCGUCUCCCCGAACCGUACCCCGCCCCCGAGCGCUACCAAGCCGAAGCCCUCUCUCACGGUCAUGACUGGCAGCGAGCACUAG